AUGCGUCUGCUAUCGACGAAAAAGCUUCAGUUCAAGGAGUUCCCUGAUGACGAGAUUCCAAAGUAUGCGAUUCUGUCUCACCGUUGGGAGAAAGAAGAACUAUCCUACCGGGACAUACAGAGUGAAAUUACACAGAGGGAUACUCGUGGACCGAGUGAAGGGCCGCUGCGGAACAAAAGAACUAAUCAUAAGAUCCAUGAAUUCCGUCUCAUGGCGCUGCAGAAUGGAUAUGAAUGGGUUUGGAUUGACACAUGCUGCAUCGACAAGUCUAGCAGUGCUGAGCUUCAAGAGUCCAUAAACUCCAUGUAUAAAUGGUACAGGGAAUCAGACGUUUGUUAUGCGUACUUAUCGGACGUGUCUACAUCAACUGAAAACGCAAGGCAUAAAGGAUCGACAUCAUCAAAACCAUGGAUUAAAUCGUUCCAAGACUCUGACUGGUUUACUCGGGGCUGGACACUGCAGGAGAUGUUAGCGCCCGGCAUUUUGGUAUUCUUCGAUAAAAAUUGGGACAGGUGUGGCAAUCGUGUUGAGCUACAAGACGCCAUUCAGGUCGCCACCGGCAUAAAUGCGACCAUCCUCAUCAAAGCCUCAUCUAAGGAUAUAGCGUACUUGCGGCCCAUUCGAUCAGGAAGGGUCUUUUCUUGGGCAGCAAAUCGAAGGACUUCUCGACAAGAGGAUCGAGCCUAUUCACUCCUUGGAAUAUUCAACAUCAAUAUGCCAAUGCUGUACGGCGAGACAGAUCGGGCAUUUUAUCGCCUACAAACUGAAAUCAUCGAGGAGUACGAAGAUAUAUCCAUGCUCGCCUGGAACUACACAGAAGCCGACAACGGAUUUGCACCAAAUGGGCUUGCUAAAUCACCCUCACAAUUUCAGAACUAUCAGAAUCUGAUCGGCAAGGACAUUGAUAGAGUUCCCUAUGUUGCCUUCAGUCCGAGGAUAAUAGCACGGGGAUUACAAGCUUCUCUGAAGAUUAUGAACGAUCCGUACGAGAAGAGGCUCGGAUAUGCUGUUUUGGCAUAUGAGAGAAACAAGAAAUCCCUAGUGCUUCCCGUCCUUUUCUGUUGUUUAACAUUCGUGAGAACUCCGAUACAGAACGAGUGCGUUAGAUUCUCGGAUCCCGUUUGGAUUCCAUCACGCUUCGUCGACACAGCCAGACCAAAACCGAUUUGUUUCGUUCGCCACGUAGAGACUACUCAUCUCUAUGAACCUGGUGAUGGCAUAAGCCUAGGCUCAGCAGUAUGGAGAGAUUAUACCACAACCCUGACUUAUCCUACUCAAGCGCAAGUUGGGAGUCGCCAUUUUCCUGCAGUAUUCGGAAGGUUUUCAACAACUCCAGACAAUACAGAAAAGGAUUAUACUUUCGUCAUAGAACUAGCCGCUCGUAGUGAUGCGAAGCGGAGAUAUGUUGUUAUAGUCGACUACCGCUCGAAUGGCACAAGUAUAGCAAAUGACAUGACCGCCACGGUCAUUCGAUGUCGAUGGCCUAUCAAACUGACAUAUGCUAUGGAACUUGUAAACCGCAGGCAAGCUGGGCACAAAUUUGACUCAUGCACGCUACUGGAUAAGUAUGGAAAUGCUAUUUCUACUCGAGAAAUUGUGUGUAUUUCGCACUUUACCAGCUUAUGGGACAAAAAGGGCUUAGACAGGUUACCCAGAUCGAAUCUACCUCCUCGCAAUAACACCGAGGUCCAUGUCCUUGGCUGUGUGAGGAGAGGACCUUUCAUUGGAAAGUCCUAG